CUUCCAGCACCCUCUUCAGCCCCUACACCUUCUUUUCUACCUUUAUCUCUUAUCUCCAUCAUGAGCGCAUUGGCAGCAGCUCGCUACGGCAAGGACAAUGUCCGCGUGUGCAAGGUGCAGCGUGACGAGAAGACCGGCAUCCAGACUGUGGUGGAAAUGACCGUCUGUGUCUUGCUGGAAGGCGACAUUGAGACCUCUUACACCAAAGCCGACAACAGCGUCGUUGUCGCAACGGAUUCAGUGAAGAACACCAUCUUCAUCACAGCCAAACAGAACCCCGUUACUCCACCAGAGCUGUUCGGCUCGAUCCUGGGCACACACUUCGUCGAGAAGUACAGCCACAUCCACGCCGCGCAUGUCAAGAUCGUGACCCACCGCUGGGAUCGCAUGGAGAUCGACGGAAAGCCACACCCACACUCGUUCAUCCAGCCAGGUUCGGAGACCCGCGAAGUCCAGGUCGACGUUGUCGAGGGCAAGGGCAUCGAGAUCAACUCUGCUAUCAACGGCUUGACCGUGCUGAAGAGCACCGGUUCCCAAUUCUGGGGCUUCGUCCGUGACGAAUACACUACCCUCAAGGAGACCUGGGAUCGUCUCCUCAGCACUGAUGUCGCUGCGGACUGGCAGUGGCGCCGCUUCGCUACCCUCGCGGAUGUCAAGGCAAACGCUGAGAAGUUCAAUGCCGCUUGGGAAGCCGCACGCGGUAUCACCCUCAAGACCUUUGCUGAGGAUAACAGUGCCUCUGUCCAGGCGACUAUGUACAAGAUGGCAGAGCAGAUUCUUGCCGCGGUGCCUCUGCUCGACACUGUUCAGUACCAGUUGCCUAACAAGCACUACUUUGAAGUUGAUCUCAGCUGGCACAAGGGCAUUAAGAACACUGGCAAGGAUGCUGAGGUGUAUGCCCCUCAGUCCAACCCCAACGGUCUUAUCAAGUGCACCGUUGGCCGCGCUGGCCCAAAAGCUAAGCUGUAA